AUGCCUGGCCGUCUUCUCUCCAACCUCGUCCGCCCCUCCUACUCUCUUCACUCCUCCAGCUCCUCCUCACGGUCCAAUUCCUCAUCCUCAUCAUCCAUCAAUGAAAUCCCCCACAGCUCAACAAACCACACCCUCUCUAUCCUCCCUAAGAAGCCUACUGUGUUCAAGCACCACCAUGACCGUGCGAGGUCUCCAGAGCGUCGUCUGUCUGUCGCCAUGGACCACUUGAUGCACCCUCACCGGGACCACAGCAAGGACAAACGCCGCAGCCUGGGCCGCUCUAAGGAACGGGCCAACAAGGAGGAUGCUCUGGCUGCAUCUGCCAAAUUGGAUGUGGUGGUGGAGUCUCCUCCUCUUGUCUGUUAUGGAACCCCUGCGAAUUCUACGGGUGCUUUGUUCUCCGGUCGUCUGCGGGUUGAAGUGACGGACGCAGUGGGUGUUGUCAACUUGGAGAGCUUGGAUAUGCGUCUGAUGUCCAAGGCCUCCACCAAGAAGCCGGUUUCGCGAGACUGUCCUUCAUGCUUGUCUCGUACGGAAGAACUAACGCACUGGAAUUUCCUUACCGAGCCUUUGCAUCUCACGCCUGGAACCCACGAGUUCCCUUUCAGCUACCUGUUUCCCGGUCACCUUCCUGCUUCUUGCAAUGGCUCAUUGGGCCAGAUUGAAUAUUUCCUUUUAGCUCGCGCGCACAGUACCACCGGCGAGAAUUUUACCUUCAAGAUGCCCUUGCACAUCAAGCGUGCGCUUAUCCCAGGAAACGACAAAGCUUCGAUUCGUGUCUUUCCUCCCACCAACCUCACCGGCCGCGUCGUGCUCCCCUCAGUGGUUCACCCCAUUGGCACGUUUCCUGUCGAAAUGACGCUCAGUGGAGUGGUUGAGAAGGGCGAGGAAACGCAGACCCGCUGGCGGUUGCGGAAAAUGAUGUGGCGGAUUGAAGAGCAUCAGAAGCUGGUUUCUGUUGCCUGCUCCAGACAUGCCCACAAGAUUGGUGGUGAAGGAAAGGGAGUCAUGCAUCAGGAGACACGAGUUAUCGGUCACAACGAGGAGAAGAGUGGCUGGAAGACUGAUUUCGAUACCGCUGGCGGUGAAAUCAAAAUGCAAUUCGAAGCUAGUAUCAACCCGACGUGCAACCCGGUCUGCGACUUGGAAGCUCCUGGUGGCCUUGAGGCGAAGCACAACCUGGUGAUCGAAUUGAUCGUUGCUGAGGAAUUCUGUUCUAACCGGAACGCUCGUCUCAUGACACCAACCGGUGCAGCACGUGUGCUGCGCAUGCAGUUCAACCUUAAUGUCACUGAAAGAUGCGGUUUGGGUAUCAGCUGGGACGAAGAAAUGCCGCCUGUGUACGAGGAUGUCCCUGCCAGUCCGCCCGGUUACACCAAGAUCGACCAUGAGAGCACCAUGGAAGAUUAUCAAGGGUCCCCUCUUCCACUACCUGAGUACGAAGAUCUGGAGCAGAUGGAAAACCUCCGGCUGGACAGCGAUUCGACCCACUCUACGCGCGAGCAAGCUCGUUUGACCAACGACGACUUGAUGAUGACACCGGAAGAGACUGGCAGCAACAAUCGCGAUAUCUCUGCAGAAUCCCGAUCUUCUCAAUAA